AUGCUGGACGAAAACCUCCCGACCUACCGAUCCAAAGCCUCUUCAGAAAACCCGCUCAAUAGUAUUCUUUACUUUACACAUAAUGGAUCAGACCCGAGCCCCGAAUACCUCGUGAAGCGACCGUCUCCUUCCGACGCCAAUGGCCAGUAUGCGCUUGGCAUUUUCGACUCGCAGAACAACUCUGUGAUAUACGCCGAGGUAGGCGUCAAGCCUGAAUGGGUAUCGCCCACUCUAUCUGCUGCAGAAAUCCGCGCGCAAAACGGCAACCCGCCGCCCAAAACUCCUAUCAUACCAGACAGCUUUGCGGUUUCGCUGUACAAUCCCGAUCAGGACAUCGCCGUCAAACAACACCAGGGCAGUUGGGGAAAGACGGAUACUUGGGAAUUUGAACUGCCAGAAAGGUCCUUCAAAUUGCCCAGUUCUAGCCAGAUCGAUCAGGAAGACCGGCCAUCUCUCGCCGAGUUGGUUCCCAAGGUGGUGUUUCGCUGGAAACGAGAUGGGCGCUUGAGCAAGGAUAUGACAUGUUAUAUGACUGGCAGGAACGUAGGCGGCAAGAAGAGCAAGGAGCCUGAUAUCACCGUGGCCUUCUUCCGGGCGAAGCACGACUCGACCUUGACCAUAUACGAGCCCAACAUGGCUCGAGUUGAGAUCGAGGACCGAAGAGGUCUUGAAAUUGCUCUUCUCAUGAGUGCCGAAACCAUUAAGGAUCUUUACCUGAGCCCGAGCCAAGACCCUUUCCACAUCCUUGCCUCGAAUGGCCGACGCCGCCAAAACUCUCGACCAGCAGCAAACUCCUCCAACGGUCCAGCAAUGGCGGGAGCCUUGGAUAACAACCGACCAUCGUCGCCCCCUCGCGCUCAAGCCGCGGCGCAACAGUCAAAUAAUAACGCCCAGCGUCAGGCUGAAAUUGAUGCUGAAACAAAACGCUUGCAGGCCAUGGUAGCAGAGGAAGAGCGGAAAAGACUGGAACGUGAGCAGGCAGAGGAGGAAGAGCGCAAGAGGAUUCAGCAGAUGUUGGAGACCGAGGAGCAGGAAAGUCGCAAACGAGAAGCCGAGGUUGAACAGGAGACGGAGCGAUUACGUCGGGAAUUUGGUAUGGCUGGUCAGGAUUUCCAGAACCAACCAAGCACAAGCACAAACAAUGGUCACCCAUCACCACCAUUGCCCCCUCGACCUAAUUUUGCUUCAGGCGCAUUGCCUGCGAGACCCAGCAGCAGCGGACCAGCGCCCAAUGGUCAACAAAAUCCAAGCUUUGCGCCGCCACCUGCACAAGCUCAACCCGGUCCUAGUGAGGGUGGAAAGAAACGUCAUGGUCUAGGCGGUCUAUUGCAAGGAGCCGCACCUUACGCAGGACCUGCAGCGGCGAGCGUCAGUGGUUUCUUCAGCAGUCGCAAGGACGAGGAGAAGCGGAAGAAGGUACAAAAGAAGCGCAGUGUACAUUUCUAA